AUGGAGGAAGAAGAAUACAAACAGAUUUUCCCGGAUGAUUCCCCAGGAGAGCUGUCCCAGGAUCCUACCCAAGAGCUGGCAGGAGGUCUGAAGGAGAAAGAACAGAGCCCAAGGAGGCUGAGGCUCCUUCUGGUGGGGAAAACAGGAAGUGGGAAAAGUGCAACAGGAAACAGCAUCCUUGGCCGGAAAGUGUUCGAGUCCAAAGUCAGUGCAAAAACAGUGACCACGACCCUCCAGAGAGGGAGCCGAGAGUGGGCUGGGAAGGAACUUGAGGUGAUCGACACCCCCGACAUUUUGUCCCCUCAGGUCCAGCCAGAAGCAGCAGCUCAGGAGAUGUCUCAGGCCAUUGCCUUCUCGUCCCCAGGGCCUCACGCAGUGCUCCUGGUGACACAGCUGGGCCGGUUCACAGAAGAGGACCAGCAGGUGGUCAGGCGCCUCCAGGAGGUCUUCGGAGUGGGGGUUCUGGCUUACACAGUCCUGGUGUUCACCCACAAGGAAGACCUGGAUGGUGGCUCCUUGGAAGAGUAUGUGCGAAAGACCCACAACCAGGACCUUGCCUGGCUGGACGUGCUAUGUGAGCGGCGCCACUGCGGCUUCAACAACAGGGCGGAGCGGGCAGAGCAGGAGGCCCAGCUGCAGGAGCUUAUGGAGAAAAUCGAGGGAAUCCUGUGGGAAAAUGAAGGGGAUUGCUACAGCAACAAGGCUUACCAGUCCUCCCAGCAAAACGUCCUGCUCAAAGUAGUGCAGGAAAGACAAAACGCUCAGGGGCAAGGGUCUGAAGUGCUCAGUGAGGAAUCCCGGCUGGAAGGGCUGUCCCAAGUCCUGAAGGAAUCAGAGAAGACUCACAGACACCUCCUGGGGAGGGUGACUCUUUGA